AUGUCGAGAUCUCUGUCACCGUCGAUAUCACCGGCCCCACGACGCGGAAGCCCUCUGGCUCCUCAUAAAAGCGCGAAUCACGAGAGAACCCCAUCUCCUGGAAAGUUCGCCUAUUCUACUGGAAGAGGUGGUGCUGGAAAUAUCAAACAUGGCGACGAGCAUCCUCAUCCAACUGAAGGCAAACUUGGAGAGGGUGUUCCUACUAUCAAGCAGAAGGUGUAUACCACAGGUCGAGGUGGUAUGGGAAACAUGAGAGAAAACAAGGAUGAGAAAACUGCUAGGCUUGCUCAGGAUGUCGGUGAUGGUGCCUUUAAUAAUGAUGUUUUUACUGUCAAGAGUAAUUCUUCGAUUGGUAGAGGUGGUUAUGGUAAUGUGAAUGCUGCAAGAAACCAAGAGUCGUUACUUAGUAAGGCUAGAAAGUUGUUUAGAAAUUAG